AUGAAGUUUUUCAAAAAAUUGGGCCGAGAAGCAGUGGAUACGUUAGACAGAGUGACAGAUGACCGUUUCAAGAGUACGAAAGGUAGUAGACCCACUACACAAACCAUGGCUCCUCCCCCUGGAACGAUUGUAGAUUAUAGCCGACAGCCAUACGAUGCCAGUUCUGCUUAUGUCCAAACUGCCGGGUCGUACGGGGGCUACAGCCCUGGUUCCGAGGGGGCUUGGGGUGGUCAGAGCUCUCCUGGAGGCGGCUACUACGAUCAAAGAUAUGGCGCAUACGGUGGUUCUCAAUACGGAUAUCAGCCUUCUAAUGGGUAUUCACCUCAACCACCCCAAGGUGGACAACCAUAUUACCCGCCACCAUCCCCAAGUGUCACGCACUCACCAUCCGGUCAAAGUCCUUAUCUUCCGCCUCCUUCUCCCGGCUACGACCAAAGCGGCCAGAAUAGCGCCAUGUGUGGCUCACCCGCUCCAUCGGCCACUCUCGGUGUGCCCUCUGUGUCCCCAGCCCCUGGCAGAAGAAGCUUGUCUGCCGCUUUUGCCGCAUCGGAGAACAGCGCCAACUUAGGGGUCGAUACUUCUUCUAGCUAUUAUGCUGGUGCUGCAGCUCCUUCACCCGUCAACUUCUCGGUUGGGACACCGUAUAAUACUUGGGGUCAACCACCAGCUACCGGUCAUACCGCCUUAAGUCAGAAUGCUUCUUCGAGUCAUCCUGAAAGUGUCUUCGGCGGGGCUAGCACUGCUGCUAACACUCAAAAUCAUACCGAUGCCACAGCCGCCAGAAGGAAAUCAACAGAUUCAAUUGCCUCAGAGGAUAGAUCAACACCAGGUGGAUGGGUCACCACUGAUGAGUCGGUGUAA